GUCAUCUCCUGUGAUGUCAGCGGCAUAUGAACAAUGAGAAGCCCGCAGCAGCCCCAGUUAGCCGUCACCUGUCCGCGUACACUUCUUGUCUUUCCUUCUUACCUGCAUAAGUUAGUCUUCCGAUUAGCAGAGUUUCUACAUCGUGGACACGAUGCUGUUCUACGGGAGUUGCAGCUUGCUCCUGGCACUGGUGACUUUUCACGGCGCCGCUCGCUCGGAAAUGGUGUUCAGUUGUCCGAGCUGCACUGCGGAGCUCCAGGCGGGUUGCCCGACUCUCACGGAGACGUGUGCUGAGAUUGUUCGCGAGCCGGGCUGCGGCUGCUGUCCAGUGUGUGCCCGGCAAGAGGGCGAGCUGUGCGGCGUUUACACACCGAGAUGCUCCAGUGGUCUGCGGUGUUAUCCCAAGCCGGAUUCGGAGCUGCCCCUGGAGCAGCUGGUUCAAGGUUUCGGGAGAUGUGGACGUAAAGUGGAUACUGAGCCCACAGGAAGCGCAGAGCCUCGGGAAGUCAGCGCCUAG